GGAUGAUUUUGUAAACAAUCAGGCGACUGUUUGAAAACAAGGAAGAGGAACAUGUUCAGCUGUUUCAGCAAAAUCUUAAAACAACCAAAUUUCCAGAGGAAAAAAAACAUGAAAAACAAGGACCGGGGACAGCACGGAGGCAACCCGGACUGGAUGUCCCGUUUACCGGAGGAGCUGCUGGAUGUCCCGCUGUGGAACCUGUCCAUACCCGGGAGUCACGACACCAUGUCCUUCUGCCUGGAUGUGUCCUCUCCUGUCCUAAAAUCACAGCCCCGCUUCAUCAGAGUCUCUGAUAAGCUGUUUCCGUGCUGGACUCGACGCUGUGUCUCCCGCUGGGCCACCACACAGGUACCGGAGCCCCACACCUUCACUGUCAAUUAGGUCCAAAUUUAGGGACCCAGAAAGACCUAUGAGACAUCUGUCCUCUGGUGGUGCGUUCAGGUGCUGUCCCUCA